ACCCUUCUACACUGUCUUCCUUGUUGUAUUGUACUGUAUAUGUGUUUUCCCAGUUCCCGGUUAUAAUAAUUAAUGCUGUCACUGUGUAUGGCCGGAGGGUACUAUUAGAGUCAGUAUGCUGCGGCUGCUGUGGUCAGCACUGUGUGUACAUAUGAUCCCCUCUCUCCCCGUGUACACAGAGCAGUCUGUGCUGCUGUUCAGUCCGGGCAGUAGUAGCUCUCGGCACCCAGCGCUUAAUGCACUGAAUACAAGCAGCAGCAGCAGCUAUGUGCGGCUCCCCUCGCACCAUCACCGCACAGCCGCGUCCCCUCCUGCUCCUGGGAACAGCACCUUUUCCAUGUUCAUGAAGACGUUCAGCAGGAAAUACCCGGCUGGCAGUCAGAUCCUGAUGGAAAGAUACCAAACAUUUCUGCCUGUCAGGUCCUGUAAUUGACAUCAAACACCCGCCCUGCAAACGCCUGGACACGCCUGCGUUCGCCGCACCACUCCCAGAAAACGGUCAGUUGACGCCCCGGAAUGCCUUCCUCCUGUCAAUCUUCUUGCGAUCGCGGCAGUGAUCGCUUUCUUCGUUCUUCUUGUCGUUGCUUAACUACUUAUUUGAAAAGCUACCUUACAAUGAGCCAAGAUUACUCUAUACUUAAUGAGACCUCUGUGAGAAAAGAUCCUUUGCCUUUGCGGUUUGAUUGGAGAGAUAAAAACUUGGUGACCCAAGUAAAAAAUCAGAUGGAUUGUGGUGCCUGUUGGGCUUUCAGCAUAGUUGGGUCGGUAGAGUCGGUUUAUGCCAUCAAUGGACAUCCACUUGAGGACCUCAGUGUACAGCAGGUCAUUGACUGUUCCUACCUGGAUAGGGGCUGUAAUGGUGGAUCGACCUCUAGCGCUCUGAAAUGGUUAUAUCAGUCUCAAACAAAACUGGUGAGGUCAUCUGAGUACUCAUAUAAAGCAAAAACUGGACUCUGCCACUAUUUUCCCAGGACUGAAUUUGGGGUUUCUAUAAAAAGAUAUGAUGCUUAUGACUUCAGCAAUGCUGAGGAUGAAAUAAUGGACAUGCUGAUAAGUGUAGGCCCAUUAGCAGUCAUAGUUGAUGCAAUAAGCUGGCAGGAUUACCUUGGAGGAAUAAUUCAGCAUCACUGUUCCAGUGGGCAUUCAAAUCAUGCUGUCCUAGUAGUUGGCUUUGAUAAAACAGGUGAUCCCCCUUACUGGAUAGUGAAGAACUCUUGGGGUACAUCUUGGGGCAUAGAUGGAUAUGUGCAUAUCAAAAUGGGGGAAAAUGUGUGCGGAAUUGCUGACUUUGUAACCGUUCCAGUGAUUUGACUUGGAUAUUUAUCACCUUUUAUAUUGGGCCAUUGAAGAAAUUAUGUCUAUUAAUAUAAGCACAUUAAAGUACAGAAUCAUGAACAAUCCCAAGUAUGUUUGGGGAUAUAAAAAAUAUGUCCAAAACUUUCAUCACACAUUUAAAGUAUUAAUACAUUCAAGUCUUGAAGCCUUUUUUGGAGUGAAGGAAACAUGAUACGAGAAUGGUCAUUCCAUGAAUGUGAGUGGACUUCAAGUGAGCAAUCACACUGUCCUAAUUGGUCUGACAUUCUAAAAUCAUUCUUGCAGAUCAUUUUACUUCAUACCCUCCUCCCUCUCCUUUUCAUUUCCUUAUUUUAUUGCUGGUUUUAUCCCAGCGCUUGCUAACAGUUAAAUAACUAGAUGACAUAGAAUUAAACGUGUCUACUUGCAGGCUUCAUAAAACACCUCCUUAAGACAGUAGAUAAUUGCCAAACUUGAGGCUUCUCAUCAAAAAACACAUGGGAAUUACAUAACCUAUAAAGUCUUAUCUCCAAGGCAAGUUGCAACAUUUUAUGUUCCUGAUCAUCAAAACUUCUUUUUUUUUAAAUUCCCUGCAGUGAACUAAAUUUCCAAUACAAUAAGCAUGGUUUAGAUCCAGUUGUCAUAUUAGUGCUGUGGCGGUUGUAGUAUGGUAUGCCUGUGGCCGGGAUCCUGGCGGCCAGUAUACCGGCGCCGGGUUCCCGACCGCUGGCAUACAGACAGCUGGGCGAGCGCAAAUGAGCCCCUUGCUGCAGGCACUGUGGCGCGCCACGCAAUUUAUCCUCCAGGGAUGUCGUGGACCCCCAAGAGGGAGAAUAGUUGUCGGUAUGCCGGGUGUCGGGAUUCCGGCGCCGGGAUCCCAACAGCCGGCAUACUGAAUACCACCCGCUGUGGCCAGUGGUAUCGUUUACACCCUACCUACGGAGGCAGGAUCUCCCCCUCACAACCACGGGUGGCGACGACAACAAGAUCCUGCUAGCACAUGGAGGCAUGGGAGGUGCACAUAGGAAGAGAGCUUGCUGGCUUAGGACUCAUGUUUCUGUGUUAGGUCUCCUCCUGUCUUUGUCCCCUCCCUGCACACAGCGGCUAAAGGCGACAGCUCCAUCGACUCUAGGCGGUACACCACUGAAUGUGGCCAAUGCCUGUUAACCAUAUCUACUGUAUUGUGCACAAAUUUACCUGCCAUGAGCACAGUCUGUCUGGAAGUUGUAUUUAGACUGUGGGACUAAUGCAGUAGCCCAUGAUUUGUGUGAGUUGGCGCAAUUCCGGGGGAGAUAGUCACUGUAUUUAGGUGUCAUCAUCUCUAAUGGGCAUUUCCGCAUGUUUUUUGUAACAGUCCCAUUCUUUAUUAGUUUGCUUGUGAGAAUCAAUGCCAUCUUCCUAAGAGGAAGGAAGUUGUGGUGCUGCGAAGAGGGAUCUGAGUGGUUCCUUCCGUGUGCACGUGUGACCUCAGGGCACGCAUGCUAACAGGGUAGACCUGGCACCAGUAAGUAUCACUGCUUGUUUAGUAGCGGUGUUACUGAUCGCGGGGACUGAGCAGCUGUGCCCGCACCGGCAAUUAAGUAUUCACUGCCAUGACUACAGCCCCCCGAUAAGGAAUAGGCCCCUUAGAGUGGCAGUUUAAAGGCAAAAUCAGGUUAAGUGUAAUGGCUAUCUCACCAGCUCCCAUAAAUCGAGGGUGGCUACAAUUGGUCCUGUGUCUAUUACAUACAGAAGAUCUACCGCCGUUUCUCAUUGCAAAGUAUUUAUGUACUGUAUGUAUGUGUGUGUAUAUGUCUUAAAUCAAAAUAAAAUGCACACACAAUACAAUUAGAACAUGGGAUCAUAUAUUAGAUAAAAUGCUGUUUACAAAAAAUAUAUACUUUAUACACAAAGCAAAUAGAACAUGGAAUAAUAUAUUAGGAUAAAAUGUGUCUGAUAUAACUUCAGGCAUUCAACAAAUUGAAAAUCAAUUUUAAAUGAUGAAUGACUUUGUUUUAUUUUUAUAAAUAAAGUAUUUUAAGUUACUAUAAA